GAAGAAUUGAAACAAACUUUGCUAUUCCGACAUAAAAUACAAUUACCAUAUAAUUUUCAUUAAAUUAAAAGUAUUGAUUUUAAAAUUAAAUAAAAAUUAAAUAAAUAUAUAUUUUUAAAGAUGAGUACGCAACUCGUAAACAAAGCCGGUACAGGUUGGCCCAGAGGUGUUGUUAAUGAAACCUCUGUUAAGCCAGCAAUUAAUCCUUCGAUGACGAUCAAUAGGACUAUUAAUUUAUAUCCACUUACAAAUUACACAUUCGGAACUAAAGAACCCUUAUUUGAAAAAGAUCCUUCAGUACCAGCACGUUUUCAAAGAAUGCGUGAAGAAUUCGACAGAAUAGGUAUGAGACGUUCAGUAGAAGGUGUUUUACUUGUUCACGAGCAUGGUCUUCCUCAUGUUUUACUUUUGCAACUUGGUACAACAUUUUUUAAGCUCCCUGGCGGAGAAUUAAAUGCUGGUGAAGAUGAGGUGGAAGGAUUGAAGAGACUUUUAUCAGAGACAUUAGGCAGGCAAGAUGGUAUUAAACAAGAUUGGAUUGUAGAAGAUACGAUUGGCAAUUGGUGGCGACCAAAUUUUGAACCUCCACAAUAUCCAUAUAUUCCACCACAUAUUACAAAACCAAAGGAACAUAAAAGGCUAUUCUUAGUUCAACUACAUGAAAAGGCAUUAUUUGCUGUACCGAAAAAUUACAAGCUAGUUGCUGCUCCUCUAUUUGAACUUUAUGACAAUUCUCAAGGCUAUGGUCCAAUUAUUUCAUCACUUCCUCAAGCACUGUGCCGAUUUAAUUUUAUAUAUAUGUGAGAGGAGGCUACUGAGCAGACGUCAGCAUAUGGAAAUCAACAGCAACAACAAGAGCAGCAACUACAUCAACAAAGACGUCCAAAAGAAAAUAAUCAAGAUUUUUAUCGAUGGCAUCGUUAAAUUUUGUGUGUAUGUAAUAAUUGAAUUGAACAAGACACUUUAAAUUAUUAUAACAUAUUUAAAAAAAAAAAACCUCAUAUUUUAAUUAAUUAUAAUUGAAGACCUUUCAUAUACUUAUUAUAAUAUAAAAGUAAAAUCUUCUUAUUAGACAUGUAAUUAUUGUAUUCUUUUUUUUUUUUUUUUUUUUUUGAGUAAAUGAUGAAUUUCUAAUCAUAGAUUUUUUUUAAGUUCUUAGCUAAAAAUAAAAUUAAAAUAAGUUAAUCGGAUUUAUAUUAAUGUUUAAAUAAAAAAAAUAUUAAGACAA